CGCUCAUGAGAUUCGGGAUAUACUGUACUGCGUAUAUCUGCAACAAAACCUCAUCAUAUGUUAUUGGCCCAUUUUCGCGUAUGUGUAUAUGCAUCAGGGAUUUCAUACGAAUAAGAUUCGUGUAAUAUUUUAAGUGCGAUUUAUACAUAUGUAAACAUCGUCAUGGGUGGAAAACAAUCGUCGCAGCUCGACAUUGACGAUGUCGAUGAUUACGUCGCUUUGAGCUUCUUGACCCGCCGACAGGUUUACUCGAUCUUCAAGGUAUUUUCUUCGGAAGAGGACGACGCCAUGUCUUUCGAAGACUUUAUCGACCUUGCGUCAGUUUUCAGUGAAGAAGCAGACGAAAAGUUGAAAGCUGCCUACGUUUUCCAAAUGUUUGAUUUCGAUGAAGACGAGGCAAUUGGAUUUGCAGACCUGGAAGAACUCGUACGUCGUCUGACAAGUUCCAGUAAGAAUUCGGGACUCAUAAACCCCGCAUUUCGGUCGGAAUCAGAUUUAGCCCGAUCUUCUUCUCAAGGAAAACGAAUAGAAAAGGCAGUGCAUGAAGAUGCUUUGCCGAAAGAAACUUUGCAGAAAAUUGUGGAGCAGGUUCUUUCACAGUCUGUCAUGGGAAAGGCCAAAGAAAUCAGUUACCAGGAAUUCGUUCACUUGACUUCCAAGCUUCCGGACUUCGCUUCCGCCUUCACCAUCCAUUUUUGAAAAGAAAAUCAUUUCCAUCGUCACGCAACUUUUCUCUUUUUUAUUUAUUCGAAAAAUAAACAUCUUGGCGCAUCGUUUUCGCGGAUAUUCCAAAAGCGCACAAUCGAAGCAUUCAAAUUCCUCCUCGGCAUGUGUACAAUAUUUUUCAACUCGUGAGCGCUGCUGGCAACAUAAACCGCGCUGUGGAAUCAAUGUUUCUUUCAUGCAGUACGUCGUUUCCGGGAUUAAUUGCUCAAAAUUGUGUACAGUACACAUAUAUAGUGUCAAAGCAAUAAGAAUAAGAGGAAUGAAUAAAGUGUCUCUCUUCUGCAGAAUAUA